UAAUCAGUACAACCCUUUUUUGGUCCAGUUGCAGCCAGAAUGGGUUCACUAACACAGACAAUUUACCUGCUCAGUCUUGUCCUGCGUUUAGUACUUUUCCAUAUCACAGAAAGCACUGCAGCUACUACAGAUUCACCUUAUAACACAGGAACUGCAGCAGUAACCAGAGAUUCACAUUAUAAUACAGGAACUGCAGCAGUAACCAGAGAUUCACCUUAUAACACAGGAACUGCAGCAGUAACCAGAGAGCCACCUUUCAACACGGAAACCACUACAGUAACCAGAGAUAUAUAUCCGAUCCGCCUUUCGGGAGGAUGGGACAGAUGCUCUGGUCGUGUGGAGAUCUACUACCAAUAUGCAUGGGGCACCGUAUGUGAUGAUUAUUGGGAUCUCAAUGAUGCAUCUGUAGUAUGCAGACAGAUUAACUGUGGAUCGGCAGUAUCUGCUCCAAGUUAUGCAUAUUUUGGUCAAGGAUCUGGCCGAAUAUUAAUGGAUGAUGUUUAUUGUGCUGGAAAUGAACAAUACAUUUGGCAAUGUCCUUUUAGUGGAUGGGGGUCUCAUAACUGUCAGCACACUGAAGAUGCUGGUGUCAUCUGCUCAGAGUCCGCCCAGAACCAUACUGAACCACCAAGAGGUUGGAAUUCUACCACAACUCCCAGCACAAUUAAUCCAGAAUAUUUCAGUUUUCGUCUUGUGGGUGGCAUCGAUAGGUGUGCUGGACGUGUGGAGAUUUAUUACCAGAAUUCCUGGGGAACAGUUUGUGAUGAUUCAUGGGACAUUAAUGAUGCAUCUGUGGUAUGCAGGCAGCUGGCCUGUGGAUCUGCUGUAGCAGCUGUCGGUAAUGCAUAUUUUGGACAAGGCUCUGGGAAUAUCGUAUUGGAUGAUGUCAUUUGUCAUGGAACAGAACAAUAUUUAUGGCAGUGCCCUCAUAAUGGUUGGGGUAAUCAUAAUUGUUCACCAGUAGAAGAUGCUGGUGUUAUCUGCUCAGAUUCCUCAAUAGGUUCCACUGAAAGACCAAUAGUUACAUAUAAUUAUACAACCUCUAACUCAACCAUUGACCCUACCCCAUCGUCAUGUGGAGGACUCCUGCAAGAAUAUUAUGGAUUUAUUAAGACACCAAUGUAUCCCAACUCUUAUCCUCCUCAUUCCUACUGUGUGUGGGACAUUCGGACCUAUUUCGGUUUUUAUAUUGAAUUGCGAUUCCUGGAUUUUAAUCUUGAACCUUCACCCAACUGUACUUAUGACUGGGUGAUAAUAUAUGACGGGAUUCCUGGAUAUUCUCCUCAGUUAGGAAAGAUCUGCAACCCUGGAAAUUAUACUUUCACUUCAUCCUCUAACAUCAUUGGAGUUGUAUUUAGUAGUGAUUCAGUCAUUCACCAUAGUGGCUUCCUUGCAGAGUUCACCUCAUUUUAUCAACACAGCUGGCCAGGCUUAACAAACCCAACGGAUGAACCAGAUGGGACAAAUACAACAGCUGACCCAGGUUAUCCUAACUCCACAUAUCCAUGGGUAACUGGGACACCGUCAUAUGGUUGUGGGGGGUUCUUAACAGGCAGAACAGGAGUUAUUUCCAGUCCGAAUUUUCCACAACUCUAUCCAAAUAAUGCAUUUUGCAGCUGGGAAAUCCGGGUUCCUCCCAACAAACAAGUGGAGCUAACAUUUCUACAUAUAGACUUGGAGAUUGCAACAAAUUGUGUAUAUGACUCUGUAACGAUAUAUGAUGGGAUCCCACUGAGCUCCCAGACAAUGAGGAAAGUCUGUACACCAGUCAAUGAAACUUUUACCUCUUCUACAAACGUCAUGGGAAUUGUAUUCACAAGUGAUUACAGUGUACAGCGUUCUGGCUUCCAAAUUGCAUAUACAACUGUCGACAGGAACAGUCAAGAAGUUAACUGUGGAGGGAUUCUGACAAAUUAUUGGGGCACCAUUGAAAGCCCAUUCUACCCAUAUUCGCACAGACGUGCACAUUGUUCUUGGCAUAUACAAGUUAGCAGUGAUCAUGUAAUCCAGCUCUACUUUACUGAUUCAGCACUUGGAAACUGUGGGAUGGGAUAUGUAUCUGUGUAUGAUGGAACACCAUAUAAUUCUCCAUUACUUGGGAGUUUUUGUGGCUCAACCACACAGUCUUUCCUUUCUUCAUCCAACAGUCUGAGUGUAAUCUACACCAGCAAUGGUAGUAAUAAUAGUUUUGUAAGAGGAUUCCACGCGUAUUAUUAUGCUCAAUAUCAGAGCAGCCAAAAUGUGACGCUCUCAUGUUCAACAGACUACAUGACAGCUCGCAUCUCAGUUUCGUACCUUCAAUCGAUUGGUUAUUCACCUUAUGAGCUAUCUUUGAAUGACCCUCAAUGUCGUCCUACAAACUAUGGAGAUUGGCUUGUUUUCGAGAUUUUCUACAACCAGUGUGGCACUAUGACACAGGGUGGAGGAGAUACAAUCAACUAUAUAAACACUGUGUAUGGAUUCCAUUCUGGUCAAGUAAUUCAAAGAAGCAAAAAGCUUAAGUUGAACCUGCAAUGCUUGCUGUAUCAGAACACCAUGGUGGAAAUUAUGUAUGAAGUUGAUGAUACCCUACAGAGGAAUGUGAACCAAUAUGGCCUCUACUCUGCUAGUCUGUCCUUAUACUCAUCACCAAAUUACUACUACCCAGUAUACCAGUGGCCAUACUAUGCAAGGCUUAAUCAGAACUUGUAUUUCCAGGCAACUUUGCACAGCUCUGACCCUGAUCUCACUUUAUUUGUUGAUACUUGCGUGGCAUCACCUAACCAAAUGGAUUUUGUAAGCCAGACCUAUGACCUUAUUCGCAAUGGAUGUAUUAAAGAUUCUACAUAUGCAGUCUAUCCAAGGCCCUCUUACAACAUUGUCCGCUUUGGAUUCAGCACCUUUGGGUUUGCCAGCCGUUAUUCUUCAGUUUAUCUACAGUGUAAAUUGACUGUAUGCAGGAGAUAUGAUUAUUACUCUCGUUGCACUCGUGGCUGCAUCACCAGAAGGAGGAGGGCUGCAGAGGCUUCCCAUGGGUCAAGUGAAACACUAAUAAUAGGACCAAUUGAAGUACAAGGAAACUAAAAUUGUAAUCCAAGAAAAAAUAUGUUUGCUCUAAAAACACAAUAUCCAAUAACAUUUUAGUUUAUAUUGAUACCAAUCUUGCUAAUAAUUUGAUGAAGUUUACAUCCUAUAUAAAUAAUAAGGAAACUUUAAUAUGAUUUAACUGUUUGAGAGUAAUCAGGUUGUUGAUUUUUGCUGAGUGCUGAUUUGUGAACAUUUGUGGAAUGCAUCUGGAGAAAAUGAAUAUUGCAGAAAAGUAUUUGAAAAAAAUGCUGUUGUAAAGAGAUUGAUUAUUUUUGAAUGUCCUGCAAAUCUUUGUUACAUUUCUUCCAUAAAGUUUAUUUUGAAGACA